AUGACAAGUCCAAGAAAUCAGCCGAAGAAACGAGGAAGAGCCAGAACAAAGGAAGAAUCUGAACCUAUUGGUUGGCUAUGCACUGUUUGCACACUGAUAAAUCGGCAUGAAAUGUUUAAAUGUGAAGCUUGUGGAACCAGGAAAGGCACAUCUACUCGCAAACCGCGUUUGAAUCAAAGUGUUGUUCAGCAUCACACAGUAGUGCAUAAUUUUGUAUUACAGCAAAGUCAACCGAAGUGA